CUGCAACGUUAGAAUAGCAGACCACAGAGGUGUCUUCGGGAACAGCAACAGCUUUGGCAAUAGCAGCUCUUCACUGGCAGAAAUGUAUAUCAACAUACAGCCUGAGUCUAUGUACUUCAGCAUCAAAGCUGACUUUCAAACGAAAGUAUCAUCAUCUCCGCCUGUGUAUAUCAGUAGAACCUAUAUCGGUAUCGUGGACAGCAACGUGACAGUUACACGAAGGACCCUAUCAGGUACAGAACAAACUCUGUCAUCCACCACGUUGAGGGGAGCUGGCGACUGCAACACGACCCUGUCAUCAUCCACACCUUCAGCGCUUGUUUCAUGUAACAUCACAUUAAGUGGUUCAUCCUCCCUGCAAAAUGGAGAAUGGGUUUGUGGACUAAUUAAGGUUUUCUCGGGGGGCUCAUUUGAUUACAAGAGCUUCGAUGGACACAUCCUUGGCAACAAGAGGUUUAUUCCCAUUGUCGAAAGCAAGACCAUCUGCUUCAGAUACGACAAAGUUGCCCCUGUCCAUUGUACAACAGAUUCAAGGUUCUCGUGUUCCUCUGACAGUCCCCUGCGUCUAUCCACCAGAACCACUAAAUCGCCCAACAUCACUGUAGGGGUGUCAGGCUGGGUAGAUCCCCAGCCAGUAGACGGGUCACCAGACCAAGCCUCAGGAGUGAAGUAUUUUAGGGUGGAUGUUUAUGGUAUGAAGAAAAUUGGCCUUGAUACUCUGGAGGUGGACUACGCUAACCAUGUGUUUGCUUCAGACAAACUGAUAGAAAACGAUGUGAAUAUCACAGUCUCACUCCCAAUAGAACCUGCCAUGUAUGUUACAAAGUUGGAAGUUCAUGACGUUGCUGGAAAUAUCCGAUAUGGUCGGCGUUUUCUGUUGUAUGAUAACUCAUCUAAACUUGGGGUCAGAACAGCUCGAGUAUUGAGGGUCACAUCUGCGUCAAUCGAGUCUGGGUAUACAUGGCAAAAUCACCAUCGGAACAUUCUUUUAGAUUGGAACGAACGUUAUUAUAAUGAUUUUUGCAUAAAUAAUUAUUGUUUCUGUCAGAUAAAACCAGACACAAGCAAUGGUAUAUCAGGUGAAUACGAUCAAUUAACGGGCAUUUUACCUGUCACGGGCACUGUGAGCAUCCACGGCGUGACAAAUUUCAAGUAUCAAUGGUGCCUUAAUAAUGGUUUAAAAUCGCCGUGGGAAUCAGUUCCAGAUUUCACCAACCAGUCUCUGACUCUCAAUCUGAAUCUGACGGAUGGUGAAACAUAUGAAGUGUGGAUUGAGGCCCAGGAUAUCAUGCUGAACACCAUAGUGGAGUCCGUUGUGGUGCACAUAGACAGGAGUGUGGCUGAUAUUGCUGAUACCUGGCUGGUGAGAGAUGGAACGAGUCAGAUAUACGUUCACAGCAACACAGAUCUUUCGACGAUGGUUCUUCAGUUUCGUGGUUUUGAUGUCCAUAGUGGUAUUUCCGCCGUAUCGUGGGCACUAGGUUCAAAUUAUACAGGAUUGGAUCUUGAAACAGGGACCCUACCAGUAAUGAAACUUCAGGAUAAGGGAUAUUGUCCGCCGGGGGAUGACUGUUACUGUCCAGACGUAGGUCCGUGUGAGUAUCAGAACUACACACUAAGCCUCAACAGACUUGUUAGAAAUAAAAGCAUCACUGGACAGCAUAAUACACUGUACUAUUUCACACUUGUUCUCUCCAAUGGAGCCUUGUUGAAAAGUUUUGAACAUCUUGACGUGCUGGUUGAUGUGACUCCAGCAGAGAUCGGUAUCAUUCAGGAAGGUGUGAUGAGCGGACAUGAUCUAGAUUAUACUAGUGACACCAAUGUUAUUGUCAGUUGGAAAGGAUUCCUUGAUCGUGAAAGUGGAAUACGGAAUUACAUAGUGAGCUUAGCAAACAAUCGUUGUUUGACGGCUGAACAACUCAAUAAACAGAUACCAGAGUAUGAUGCACUGUUCAUGGUUGUCAAGUCACAAAGGACCAGUUUCAACGUCACUAAAAGAGGAAAAUACUUCUCGUCUGUUCUUGCAAUCAACAAUGCUCUUGAACCCUCUGACGCGGUCUGUUCUGAUGGUGUGUUUGUAGACCUAGAGGAUACUGAUGUUGAGAAAACCAAUGCUGUGAUUAUCUGUAAGUUGAAAAUGUAAAUAAUAAUUUGUAAAAACAAGAAGUCAGUGUUUUUACCAAUUUAUCAAUUCACAUUGACUCUUAUGAAAAUUAACUAUCAACUAUAACAAUACAUAUUGAU